GCCAUGGGGCACCCCGCAGCCCCCCUCAUGCCGCUGCUGCUGCUGGCGCUGCGCCCCGCGGCCCCCUGCUUCACCGUGCCGUCGGAUGCCCCCGCCGAGCUCACGCUGAUCAACAGCAGCCGUCGAUGCGCCGAGUUGGACUGGGGCCUCUUCCAGCGGCAGAACCGGCUGUGGCUGAGCCAUAACGGCAUCGAGGCCCUGAGCCCCUCGUCCCGCGUCGAGCCGGAGCUGGAAAACCUGGACCUGUCGUACAACCAGUUACGGGAGCUGCCGGACGCUUUCCUGAGCCGAGCGCAGGGGCUUCGGCAUCUCCGGCUGCAGCACAACCGGUUACGGGAUCUGCCCGCCGGUUUCUUCGCCAACGCCACGGCUCUGCAGGAGCUGUGGCUUCAGGGUAACCCCCUGCCCGCCGUGCCCACCACGGCCUUCCAGGACACCCUGCGUUAUUUGGCGGUGCCGUGCCACUGCGACGUGGUGGGCAGCGUCCUGGCAGCCUGCUCCCAGCCGGAGGGCACGGCGCUCUGGUGCCAGUGCUUCAUGUCCCAAGACGAUUCCUUCAACGUCACCAAUUUCCACACCCGGGAAUGCCAGGGCAACGUGGGGCUGGUGGCCGGCGCGGUCGGGGCCGCCGUCGGGGCGGCCGUGCUGCUGGCGAUCGCCGCCGUGGUUUGCUACCGGCGGAGGAAAGUGGCCGGCGCUGCUGCCGGCGCGGGGUGGGGUAAGCGGGAGUCUGCCGCGGCCCACGGGCAGCCCCGCUACAUCAGCCGGGCCGCUGAGAUCGGUGCCGCCGAUGCCACCGCUGCCGCGCCGGAUUAUGAGAAUAUCUUCAUGAGCCCCUGCGCCGCUCCGGCUGCCGCGCGGGGCUGGACGCCAGAAUGGCAGGAGCAGCGGUACAGACCCCAGGUUCCGGUGGACGACGACUAUUUUCUGGAGAGUGAGGCUGUCUCCGGGGACCAGCCCAUCUACGCCAACACGCAGACCCCCGGCGAGGACAGCGUCUACAUCAUCCCCAACCACUGCUGAUGGAGAGUGUCCGGGCGCACGUGCGCUUGGGGACGUGUCGGUGGUUGGGGACAUCCGGGCGCUGGGACCAACCCCGCCGUCGCCUGCAACACCUCCGCCCUUUUCCUGCUAAAUCUGCCACUUUUGGGAACAGAGACAU